AACGGAACACUUCCACUUUUGCUCUAGUCUCUAACAAUGGAGCCCCAAGAACACCACCACCACCACCCGGAAACCCUAACACCCUCUACCACCACCACAUCCACCGCAGCCGCCAUUCCCUGCGGCAAAUGCGGAUCCAUGGCCGCACCUCCGCCGCCUCUGUCGUGGCCGGACACCUCCCCACCCCCAAACUACCGCCCCAUCCGAGCCCCCGCCAUCAACCUCCCUCCAAACCAACAAGCCAUAAUCCUCACCCCUGUCCCUCAAGCCAAGUCCGUCCCCCCAAUCUCACCCCCCUUCCAUUUCCAAACCCCCUCCAAAAUCAUCCAAUCCCCCGACGACCUCCGCCGCUUCCACGACUCCGAUUCCGGCAAACACUUCCUCGGCUUCGUCGUCGCCCUCUCCGAAUCCAUCCGCUCCAAGAAAAUCUCCGACCCCUGCCACCACUCCCCCGUCACCACCGCCAUCGUCUCCAUUCUCGACACUCUCCUCCGUUGGAUCGACGAAAUCCCUCCCACUCAGCAAGCCGCCCGAUACGGCAACGUUUCUUACCGCGUCUGGCACGAGCGCUUGGUCGAGAAUAGCUCCAACCUAAUGAUGCAAUUCCUCCCCCAACAUCUGGAAGCUUCCACCGUUGAGAUCGUCCCUUAUUUCACUGACAGCUUCGGAAACGCGAGCCGAAUCGACUACGGUACCGGCCACGAGACCAAUUUCGCAUCGUGGCUUUAUUGCCUGGCGAGAAUGGAGGUUAUUAAGGAAGAGGACUACCCUGCCGUGGUGGCCAGAGUGUUCGUCAAGUACUUGGAGUUGAUGAGGAAGCUGCAGCUGGUGUAUUGCUUAGAGCCGGCGGGGUCUCACGGCGUUUGGGGCCUUGACGACUACCAUUUCCUGCCCUUCAUUUUCGGCUCUUCGCAGUUGAUUGAUCACAAGCAUAUGAAGCCCAAGUCCAUUCAUAAUGAUGAUAUACUGGAGAAUUUUUCAAAUGAGUAUAUGUAUCUUUCGGGGAUUGCUUUUGUGAAGAAGGUGAAGAAGGGUCCGUUUUCAGAGCACUCUCCUUUGUUGGAUGAUAUCAGUGGAGUGCCGAAUUGGAACAAAGUCAAUAAGGGGAUGCUGAAGAUGUAUAAGGUUGAGGUGUUGGAGAAGGUACCCAUCAUGCAGCAUUUCCUAUUUGGCUGGCUCAUCAACUGGGAGUAGAAUUUCACUUGAGGAGCAAGAUGUCAAUUUUCUGUCAGAUUAUUAGUCAGUUGAAGCAUAGAAAGGGAGUAGAAUUUCACAUGAGAAGAAAGACGUCGAUUUUCUGUCAGAUUAUUAGUCAAUUGAAGUUUGGAAGGUACUAGAUUGAAAAUAUAAUUCUGCUGUUUUGUAAUCAUUGACUUGAUAUUAUUAUUAUUAUGGUUUCUGAAUA